AGUAUGGCCAAGAACUCUUUGUUCUCUGUUAGGUUGUUUGCCUGUGAAGAAAUAAAAACACAGAGAAACGCAAACUCCUUCAUGGACAAUGCACCUUUUUUGUCUGCGCACAAUUCAUCCUAAGGUGCAUCAAAUGGCCUUUUGAUUUCAAGUUUGUUUGAUUCUGAUUAUGGAAAUAUAUCCAAUACAGUUGGUGUCCUUUUUUUUACCCCUACACAGCACGGGGCGGUGGCUCGUGGCUGGAUUGUAGGCUUGCAGGGAGUCAUGUCACAGCACAGUUUGUUUUGUUUUUUUGUUGUUGUUUUUUUUACUCCGCUUACGUUGUAGGAAACAAAACAUGAUUUAACGUUCAGGAAAUAUGACUGAGUAGGACACAGUUGCAGGAAGUCGGUCGAUAGAACAGUAGUCCGUGAAAGAAAAGGAUCCUUUGACUAUGAAGAAUUAUGCUGACACCGUCGCUUUCCUGGGUCCAUGGGGACGUUUCCAGCAGGUUGUAUUCUUCCUGCUCUGUGCCAGCAUCAUGCCCAAUGGGUUUGGUGCUUUUACGCUCGUUUUCCUGACUGACGUACCAAGUCACCACUGCAUUGUUCCUGACGUCAAUCUAACCGAGGACUGGCAUAAAAUCAUCAUACCAGUAAAGCUGCUGUAUAAAGUCAGCUCCUCACAUGGGCUGAGGAAGGGGUAUGGCUACAUUCCACGGUUAUAUGUGAAGGUGGUGAAUGGGAAACAGGAGCUGAGCAAGUGCAGCAGAUACAGGCUGGAUGUGGUCAGAAAUCUCUCUGCUCAGGGAUUCAUUCCUGGCAGAGACGUCAACCUCACUGACCUGGAGCAGGAGGGCUGUGUGGACGGGUGGAGCUACAGCAGAGACAUCUACCAAUCCACCAUAGUCUCUGAAUUUGACCUGGUGUGCAGUGAGCAGUGGAAGCAGCCAUUCACCUCCACAGUUUUCUUCCUGGGAGUUCUUUUUGGAUCCUUCUUCUCAGGACAGCUCUCAGACAGAUUUGGAAGGAAACCAGUUCUUUUUGUAACCAUCGCAGUUCAGAUGGUUUUUACCUUUGUCCAAGUCUUCUCUGCCUCAUGGACUAUGUUCACCAUCUUCCUCUUCAUCAGUGGUUUGGGACAGAUGUCCAACUUUGUAGCGGCUUUAGUGCUGGGUGCUGAGACCUUGACUGGCAAUGUGCGAGUCCUUUACUCAUCCAUGGGCACAUGUUUAGGCUUUGCCGCUGGCUACAUGAUGCUGCCUCUCUUCGCUUACUUUUUAAGAGACUGGAAAUCUCUCCUGUUGGCUUUGUCUGUGCCUGGUCUGCUCUACUUGCCCCUCUGGUGGUUCAUCCCCGAGUCUCCUCGGUGGCUGCUCUCUCAGGGAAGAGUGGAGGAGGCCGAGGCCAUAGUGAGAAAGGCUGCUAAGUGGAACAAAGUUCAGGCUCCAGGGGUCAUCUUUCAAGAUUACAGUGUUAAUAAGACAAAGACACACUCUAAAGAACACCACAAUGUCCUCGACCUGCUGAGGAACAGCAACAUCAGAAUCACAACACUCAUUCUCUGCUUGGUGUCGUUCACUAUGACUACUGGAUACUAUAGCCUGUCCUUCAACACAUCCCAGCUCCAUGUUGACCCCUACAUCAGUUGUUUCAUCUCAGCAGCUAUAGAGAUUCCAGCAUACAUUUCCUGCUGGCUCGCUCUGCGAUACCUUCCACGACGACUGUCUGUCAUCGGUACUUUGCUUCUUGGAGCAGUGCCACUGUACCUCAUUCAACUGGUGCCUCAAAGUCUAACAAAUAUGUCUGUUGCACUGGAGAUGCUGGGUAAAUUUGGUAUCACCAUUGGUUCGUCCCUGAUGUUUGCCUACACGGCAGAGCUUUACCCAACAGUGCUCAGGAACACAGCCACAGGGAUAUGCACCACAGUCUCCAGAGUGGGAAGCUGCAUUACACCAUUUUUGUUACAGCUGAGUCUUUACUUUAAGUACCUUCCUUAUAUUAUAUUGGGGACUCUGGCUGUUGUGUCUGCCUUUGCUGCUGUCUUCCUUCCAGAGAGUUUUGGACGACCUCUACCUGAAACGAUUCAACAGAUGCAUAAGAGAGAAAGAAUAAAGUGUCCAUGCAUCGCUGGAAAAGAAACCCCAAUACCUGUGGUACUCCUGGACAGUCCACUAUGAUUAUCUAGUACUUUACUGAUGUAGGUGAUAUGUUGAUAUGUAUAUUGAGUAUAAUUACUACUGUUUACAUUUCUUAAUAUAAGAUUUUUUGUUUUGUUUUUAAGUUUAGUAAGUUAUUCGUCAAAAAUGAACCUAUAGUAUCAUUUUAAUACAUAAUACAAUACAUAAAAGAACUCUUCACUUCUCUAAGACAUCAGAAUGUGAAAUUGAAAUAGUGGAAUUAAAUUCUGAGUUAUA